AUGGCAGCCAUUGCGUUUGCCUCGCACGCUAAACAAGUCACCCUUUCCACUGGCCAUUCCUACUCUUAUGCAUUCAUACCGGCAAAGCCCGCACACUCAACUAUCCUAUUUCUCCAUGGAUUUCCAUCCUCGUGUUAUGACUGGAGACACCAGGUUACGUUCUUCGCUGGUCAGGGAUAUGGAGUUCUAGCUCCUGAUCUCCUUGGCUACGGCGAGACCAGUAAACCGGUCGCCGUGAGCGCCUAUAGAGCGAAGAGAAUGGCAACGGAAAUCAGAGAAAUCCUCGACCAUGAGCAGCUUCAUUCGGUCCAUGCCGUCUCUCAUGAUACGGGAAGCAUUUUGCUUUCACGUCUGGCGAACUACUAUCCAGAUAGGCUCCUAUCAACUACAUUUUUGGCUGUGCCAUAUUCGAAACCCGGAGAACAUUUCGAAUCUCGAGGCAUCAUUUACUAUGAGCAACGUAUUGACGAGGUCGGAAAUCUCAAGAGCGAAUCAUUCUUUACUCUGUUUUAUCCUGCAGAUCCUGCCUUGUGGUCGGAUCAUCUUGGGCCUGGAGGAGCACUCGAAUCGUGGCUUCGAGCGGAUACGCAGGGUGCAAAGGCACCCUAUAUCACAGACUAUGAGAGGAACCUCCAUCAGAAAAUUAUGCAAGGGCAGCAUGGACCGGCAUUACAUUGGUACCAUGCUCUAGUGGAGAAUGUGAAUGAGCAGGAUGAGUUGGAUGAUGGGCUCUCCGUAAAGCUGACAAGACCUGUUCUCAUGAUCUUCCCAGCCUCCCUUCCGGGCGACUUCUCAGUGGCUAGCGGCCAGACGAAUGAGAUCGCCGAUGAUUUGACCGUGAAGAAGGUACGUACAUCUGGUCAUUGGUUACAGCUGGAGGCGAAAGACGAAGUCAAUUCUAUGUUGAGUGAGUUUAUCUCCCGCUGUGAUGGAGAGCGACUCGGAUGA